AUGGAAAAUUUCCAUAAUCAACUCAUUUUGCCGAAUAUUGGCGAGUUUUUGGGCAGCUUGUUUUUCGCGUUUUUGUGUAAGUUUGAUGAUUUUUGAGCUAGAAAUCAUCAAAACUCAUGUUUCUAGCUCAAAAUUCAUCAAAAAUUCCAGAUUUUCAGCCAAAAAUCCUCAAUUUUUGCAGCCUGCUUCAUAGGCGAAUAUCAAAAAUCACUAGGCUACCCGAUUUUCAUCUCAAUUUCCCUAUUCAUCUCUCGAUCAAUAGUUCAACAUUGCACACCGGCUCAUUUCAAUCCAGGUGAAUUUAGGGCUGAAAAUCUGGUCAUUUUCAGCCAGAUUUCGAGAUUUUCCCAGAAAAUCCCACAUUUUUUGCUCACCUCCAACGGUUUUGCCAAAAAUCGACGAGUUUUAUCGAGUUUUUUGAAAACUUGAAAUUUUUCCGCUGAAAUUGGCAGCAUUUUUGCUCGAAAUAUUCGAAAUGAGCAAAAAAUGUGGAAUUUUUCAACAUUUCACGUGAAAAAAAAUAAAAAAAUCAAUGAUUUUGGCAAAAAUUUUGGAAUAAUAAACAGUUAUGGAAAAUUCGCGGGACAGGUGAGAGAGUGCAGAGAAACAGAGAAAAAUGUUUUUUUUUUUGAGAUGUUUCUCUGCAUGCACUCUCUUCAUAUCACAUUGUCUCUAGGAAAAAUUGAAAAUGGUGGAUUUUCAGACAAAAAAAGAUAGUCUGGAAUUUAAAUUUUCAGCAUUUUUCAGGUCCAAAAAAGCACUAACAAAAAAUAGGAUUUUCGCCUCAAUAAAUCACAUUUUUGAAACAGUGAAAUUUUUCUAGAAACACAAAUAACAAUUUAUGAACUUCGGGUCAAAAUGUGUCCAUUUUCCAAGAAUUUCAGCUAAACAUCUCUUGAAAAUCAUGAUUUUUGGAGAAAAAUCACUAUUUCCAGAUCUUUUCAUACGUAUUAGGUCGAAAUUUAUCAAAUUUCCUGAUUUUCAGCUCAAUUCUGAGCUCUGUUUCAACUUUUCUAAAAAAAUAUAUUUUUUCUAGUAGUUUUUGACCCGCUAAUCACUAAUCCGUUGUCUAAAAUUGCACAACUCAACUCCUAAUAUGAGCUAUGACGUGGCAAAAUUCGAAAAAUCGGGAUUUUAGGAGCUAAAACCUGGAAAAAAGCUUCAAAAAUGAUAUUUUCCCCCAUGAAAAUCAUUUUUGCAGAUUUUUCCAGGUUUCAGCUUCUAAAGUCCCGAAUUUUCAAAAUUUGCAACGUCAUAACUCAUAUUAGAAGUUGAGUUGUUCAAUUUUAGAGUCGAAAACUACUAGAAAAUAUAUAUUUUUAAAUUAAAAUUGAAAAUCUGAAUUUGAGACAGUUUGCAAGAAAAUUUUCCCUUGUAAGAAUUUAGCUGAAUUAAUGAAUUUUGGGUUGAAAUUUGACAAACUUCAUGAUUUUUAGCUCAAAAACCUCGAAAAAUGUCAAUUUUGAGAUCAGGUUAGAUGAAAAUUCCUUAAAUUCCAUGAUUUUCGUGUCAAAAACAGUUUGACAACUUUAUCUUGAUUUUUAGGUUAAAAUUUAUCAAAUUUCACAAAUUUCUGGGUCUAGAAACCCAUGAAUGCACUCGAAAUUGAUAAAAAAAUGAAUUUUGGGUUGAAAUUUGACGAACUCUAUGAUUUUCAGCUCAAAAAAACAGGAUUUCCUUGAAAUUCGGGUGAAAAUUCAUCAAAUUCAAUGAAUUUUGGCCGUUUUUCACGAAUUCCACGUCAAAAUCCCCAAAUUUCUAGCCAUAACCCUCCUUCAAUGCAUUCGCCAGCGUAUUUCACCAAUUCUCGCCACCUCCUUCAUAAUCUGCCAAUUUUUCGGCCUUCUUUUCGGCGUCACAUUUUUCCGUUGUCUGGUUUCACAAACCGAAUUCAACGAUGAUAUUGUGUUUUUCGAUUUAUCGACAGAAAAUUCGAAAAUCAAUCGACUUCAGGCAUUUUUCUUGGAAGUUUCGCUAACUUUGGUGCUUUUGCACAGUUUUUCGCAGGGAAAUCGAGAUUCUUCCAAUUUUUCUAGCGAAAAUUUCACAUUUUCAGCAAGUUGGGUGAGUUUUUCGGGCCAAAAAUCGAUGAUUUUCUUGAAUUUCAGGGUCUAAUUCAACUGAUUUCCAUGCCAUUCUAUGGAUUUUCAUCAAAUUUCACAUUUUUAUGCGUCAAUUUUCUGACAAGUUGCAUUUUCUCACCAACAACGACACCGUCUUUCAGUUUGAUCUACCUCAAUUUUUUCGCCAUGAUUUUGGCGGUUUUUUUGGCAUGGCUGGUGGAUUGGUGAGCAAAAAUUCAUGAAUUUUCGGAGAAAAAAGCUCCCGGGAAAAAUAUGUUUCAAAAAUUUUUGAAAAAAAAAUGGGAAACAAUUUAGCUAUUCAUAUUUUAAUACAAUACUUACAAUUUAGCUAAAAAUCAUGUUUUUUCUGAUUUUUCUGGAAAAAAAAUUCUGAAACUCAAAAACUGGAAUUUGAUGAAUUUCACCUGGAAUUCAGGAAAACAGCAAUUUUCAGCCAAAUUCGAGAAAAUAACGAUUUUUUGGGCUGGAAAUUGAGAUUUUUCCAAGUAUUUUGAACUAAAGAUCGAUUAAUUUGGUCUAUUUCAACCUAAAAUUGAAAAUUGUGAAUUCAGAAAUUUUUUGACAAAAAUUGAUGUGUUUAGACACCUAAAAUUAAUUGAAAAUGCUAAAUUAUGAGCUGAAAUUUUUCAAAUAUCCCGGGAAAAAUAGGUUUCAGAAUUUUCAUAAACGAAACAUCCAAAAAUAUUUUCCAAUGAUAUGUUCGUUUUUGUUUCACAGAAAAUAUGAGUGAAUUUCAGACUUGAAGCAAAUUUUGAAAAUUCAAACGGUGAACAAAGAAAUUUUACCAAAUGAAAAAUUUUCCAAAAAAUCUAAAACCAAAUUUUGAAACAGUAAAAAAUUUCAAAUUUCCAGGCUAACUUCCCCAAAAUCUCCCAACACCUUGCAAAACGGCCAAACUUCAGAUAACAAAUUAGUAUAA